UUAGCAUGCUUAAGCGGUAUCUGAGUAUUAAGUCACUAUGAACAUUGUUUAAGUCGUAGAUGUUAAAACUACUUCCUUGACAUAUUUCAUCUCGUUCAGAACUACCUUUAGGCUUAUUUCUCAAUCGAUCAGCACUGAUUACAUGGGCGAAAUUCCGGAAUACUAAGCUUGGACACUGCGCAGGCGAUACCACAUUAAGUAAUGACGACGAAAGUACUUUCGUUUUCACUCGAAAAUCCAGACAGAGGUUCAACGGAUAUCAGACAAAACAUGCGAAGCGGGAAAUUCAGACGACUUUCAAUUUCUGAGAAAACGGAGGAGAUCGAUGAUCUAUUUUCGAUACCGGAUAGACGACGACUGUUUAUUGGUAUUAUAGUUGGUGUGUGUGUACUUGUCGGAGGGUUGAUAUUAGUCUUGAUAGUGGAGGUAAUUAUUGAGGCCUCAAAUGAUACCGAACCUCAGCCAAGAAACACUGUAUUUGCCCCACAAAUCAAACCAUAGUACACUAAAAGGUAGGACUA